UUCAAGAUGGCGCUGGACUGUGGCCGGGAUGCCGCUGCUGCUGCGACUAGCUAACAGUUGGGGGAUUUAAUUAAUCUUCUGCCCGGUGGCGACGCAAGAAAGCGGCCGUGAAGCGUUCCUUUGUCUGCAUUAAACACCUGAGACGGAAAUGUUGCGCUGGGUGUGUGUCAGGUAGCCUUAAACCGGCUCUGAAAAUGCAGGUAGCCCCUUCCUCCAAGAACAACCAAACCUGCUGCUGCGGAGCUCGGCCCACCGGGCAGGGGGACUCGUUGCAGGAAUUUACUCCCGCGGCAGAGACUCGCUUGGCGGACUGAGAAGUCAUGGAGACGGUGAGGGAGAACGGAGGGUCGUUCGGAGUCGACUUGAACGAGAACGAAGAGGGAGAAAGAGGUGGCGGAGCGGGGAAAUGUGCACUCAGAGACCGCAGCAUCGCGCUGCUAGCCGGGGUCAGCGCGGUGCACGACGCUGGGAAGGCUUUCACCGGCCUCGGCAGGGAUGUAAACACUGACGCCUCCUUGAAAGGGGAGAUAAUGCUGGAGAGGCUGUUCCCCGGCCCGGUUUCCGGGGUCUGCGGGGACCACAGCGGCCUGAACGGGUUCACUGAGGAGGAGCUGCCGGUGGUCGAGUUGGAAGUAGGAGGAGGAGGGCUUGGCCUUGAGGGCACCACAGCUGCUUCCUGUCCAGCUGUGCUCACAGUGGAGAAGAUGCGGGGGGACAGCAAAGGAGAAGCCCGGGAUUCAGACUGUGUUAGCCCGGGGGGAGAGGCCACAGGAGGCGGGUGUAUCAGGACUUCUUUGCCCGGCCAUGAGCUGGCAUGCGCGGUGAGGGAGCACCGGCGGAACUGCGCCUGCACCGCGGGGGUAAACAUGCCCAACGGGGCUGCUGACAGCUGUGAGGGGGAGGCAGGGUUAUUUCCCACCCAGCAGCUUCCCGUUUGCGACUGUGAAGACGUGAAAGUGGCCAACGGGGGUUUCCACACACGUGACCAGGACCUGGACUCGGGCUGCUCACCUGAAAAUACCCCUGAAUGUCAGUUGAAGUCGGAGUCUAGGCAUGAUAAGAGGGUGGGGUCCCCUGGAUUAAGUGCCAAACCCCCCUCUCCCUGUCCUUCAUCCAGUGGCAGCCCGCUCUCUGAGCGAAACACCAGGGAUGAAGAUGAGGAGGAGGGUUUCAGCGACCCCAGCUCACCUCCCGUCAGGCCGCAGAGUCUGAGGACUAAUCCCAACGUAGCCGUGUCCCUCAGCUGUGACGCCACCCCGCUGUCCCCAGAGGAUGAGGAGGAUGGGGGCUUUUAUUUUGAAGGGUACGACGAAGACCUGAGGGGUGUUUUGGAGGCGGGUCGCCGGCAGAGCGCCCCGGACACGCUGCCGGACCUGACCCAGGACAGCUCGGACCCCAAGCAGAUGCCGAAGAGGUUCGGCAUCGCAGAUUUCUUCACCAGGAGCCUGUUUUCUAGGAAACCCAAAGAGCCCAAAGCGACGUCCCACAGCUCAGCAGGGUGGCGACUGUUUGGCAAGACAGCAGUCAGAGAAGGCGAUACGAGCAAAGACCUCGCCUCCACGCCGACCGCGGAGCAGUCUCCUCAGCAGGAGCCGAUGAAGGACUCCAGCGUGCCCUCGUGUCCUCAGCGCGCCCAGCCUGCAGGGAAGAGAAGGAACCUGGAGUUUGAGCCUCUUUCCACCACGGCUCUCAUCUUGGAGGACCGCCCAUCGAACCUGCCGGCCAAAUCUACAGAGGAAACUCAGAGACACAAGCUGGAGUACGAGGAGAUGGUGGCAGGAGCCAAGAGGAGAGAGCUGAAAGAAGCCCAGAGGAAGAAGCGUCAGAUGAAGGAGAGACACCGGCAGGAGGACAGCAUCUCCAACGCCAUGGUCACCUGGAACACUGAGAUCCUGCCUCACUGGGACUCCAUGAAGGGAACGAGGCGGGUCAGAGAGCUGUGGUGGCAGGGCCUUCCCCCCAGCGUCAGAGGAAGAGUUUGGAGCCUCGCUAUCGGCAACGAGCUGAACAUCACACCAGAGCUCUAUGAGAUCUUCCUCUCCAGAGCCAAAGAGAAGUGGAGGAGUUACAGCGAGACCAGCUCGGUGAACGACAGCGAGAGCGAUGGAGGAGCAUCUCUGGCUGACAGAGAGUCCAGCCUGGAUCUCAUCAAACUAGACAUCUCCAGAACCUUCCCCUCACUCUUCAUCUUCCAGAAGGGCGGUCCGUACCACGACCUCCUCCACAGCGUGCUGGGCGCCUACACCUGUUACAGGCCUGACAUUGGCUACGUGCAGGGCAUGUCCUUCAUCGCUGCUGUGCUCAUCCUCAACCUGGAGGAGGCCGAGGCCUUCAUCACCUUUGCCAACCUGCUCAAUAAACCCUGUCAGAUGGCCUUCUUCAGAGUCGACCAUGAACUGAUGUUGAAGUAUUUUGCAGCCUUUGAGAUUUUCUUCGAGGAGAAUCUUCCUCGUCUCUUCAGCCACUUCCAGACCAACAGCCUGACCCCUGACCUCUAUCUGAUUGACUGGAUCUUCACUCUGUACAGUAAGUCACUCCCUCUGGACGUGGCGUGCCGGGUUUGGGACGUCUUUUGCCGGGACGGCGAGGAGAGCUUAUUCCGGACGGGUCUGGGCAUCCUGCGUCUGUACGAGGACGUCCUGCUGCAGAUGGACUUCAUCCACAUCGCGCAGUUCCUCACGCGCCUGCCGGAGGACCUGCAGUCUCACACGCUCUUCAACGCCAUGGCCAGCACGCACAUGAUCAGCAGGAACCGCCGCUGGGCUCAGGUGUUUUCUGCCUUGAUGAAGGACGGAAAUAAAGAGGCGGAUAAAAACACGAGUCCAGCUUUGAGAAGCUAACUCCGACGCUAACUCCAGCUGUAUUCAAACUAACGUCUGGCUUCGGGGGGUCGGAGUUCAUGCUAGCUCCCCCUGCCGCCGCUGACGCCAACCACAGAGGCAAGUUGUGUAUCUUGAAGCUGCGUAACCUGAAAUUAAACUCAGUCCGGGCCUCAGCUACGAAGCUUGAAGUGAAGACGAGGCAUCCGUGGAGGUGGGGGCGGAGCCGCUGACCAGUCCUGGGCAGCUCCGGCGAUUCCUGAAACCUAUGCUGGGACCAGAAGCGGUUGGUUAAUCCUGAUCUUCAGCUGCCAGUCAGUAUUUCUCACAGAUUGUGUUCCACAGCUGGGGAGUAACAGACGGCUGGGAAGAAAACCUAAAAGCAGCUCGACUCGGCCAUCUUUGGCUCCUCCAGGUCGGGACAGCGCCAACACCGAGCAUCACGCCCUGUGUAAUUCUCCAAGACUCUAAAUCUAACUGUAGGUGCUAAUGAGUUUCUCAAGGCUUCAGAAAUGACCUCUGUGGUUCACUUAUUAAUGUGGGUCCUUGUGGUUCGAGUUCACAAACACUCUUUUACUUUGCUGCUUUUUGUUGUAACAUUAGCUUCAAGAAUGACGGCAGUCUGCACUACUUUAAUCUGCAAGCAAAACAAACUCCCAACACGGGAGAUUUGGGUGGAAGUAAAACUAAACUGUUGUAGUUUACUCGCUGCUUCUCUGUCACCACUGUUUUGGUGGGAGCUGCCCAGUUUGGGAGAUAUCUGCUGCCUUCUCAGGAACUAAAAUCAAAAAUCAGUUCCAACAACACAAAACACAUUUUUAAGCAUAAUUCUGUCUUUCUGGGAAUCAUGACCACCUUCCUUAAAAAAGGAUUUAUGUACACAAACCUCACUGUGAGCUCAUGUCGGUCCGUUAGCUUAGCGCCCUGCUGAACAAGAGACAGAAGUAAUUUUACCAGAACCAAUCAGCAAACAUCCUACAGGUGACAUCACCUGCCCACAGUCCCAAGUCAACUGGCCAACGAUGUGGUUUAAUGUUGCUGCGCUUCAUUAAAGUCAGUCUAAUGUGUUUUAUUAGCGCCUGUAGAUGUUACCUAGCAACCACCACUAGAGUGCAGUGUGUGACAGGAAGCUGUAACCGUCUGUCGAACUCGUCCACUGGUCUAAAAGACGUCCCCACACACAAGGUUUGUGGAUUUUUGUGAUAAAGUCGGUCAUGAUUUUUGGAAAAAGACUUUUCUGAUGCGUUUUUAAUCAAUGCUUUGAGCAUCAUUUACAAUCCCUCGAAGUAAGCUGGGGAAGCUCAGGAACCCGCGGCUCUCUCAGGCCAGAGGAUUUAUGUAAUGUGUCCUGAGAGUUCUAGAUCUAACCCAGGGCCUCCUCCCAGUCACGUGUACCCAAAAAACAUACAAAAGGAGGCGACUGAUAGUCCUGAUCACAUGCCCAGAGCUCCUGGGACUGAGAGCUGACGGCAAAUUCAAAGCAUCACCUUCUGACGCCGCACUCUCUCCACCUCACGCUCCGUGUUCCCGUCACUUGUGCACAAGAUCCUGAACUCCCUCAUUUGGUGGAGGAAGCAACAGCCUGCUGUUUUCUGGCUCAUUCAUCUGAGUCGUGUUCAAGAGAAGGCAGCCAAUAUCUGUGAAAUUAGAGCGCUCACACCACAGAACAGCCACUCUAAGGAAACCAGGGCUGAACUUUAAGGACGAGCAGAGGACGAAAGUGAAGCUUUUCAAACCAUUACAAAGGAUUCAGUUAAUGAAAGAGUAUUACGUGUUUUCUUUUACGUUAAGAUAAUGAUUCCACUUAAGUGUUUAAUACUUCUAAAUGUAUUGUAAAGGUGGGAAUAUUAGUGAUACUUACUGCUGGUGUUUAAGCAAGAAUUUAAAAGGACAUUCGUGUCAGUAUUUGACGUUAUUUGGCUUAAAAUAUCCACAAAAACCUUUUAGGUGGAACGUAAAUGUUUGUGCUGACAAGUGGGGUUUUAAAACCAGCGUUUCCCAGAUUUCCAUUCAGAGCACUUUAUCGCGCAGCAUUUAAGCCCCACAGUGAGGCCUCCAGGUUUAUGGCUGCAGCUUUUAGCUUUUAGUAGUUUGGGCUUGAAAAAUGACACUUUUAUAGGCUUUGCAUCAGAUUAUUUCUUGUUUGGUUAUUAAAACUCAGCUAAAAUAAUUGACUGAAGUUAACAGAAUAAACUGCUUCAUCUCUGCA